GCAGUUUUUUUCUCCGCACGGAAAAUCACACCUCCUUCUAAAUAUGUCUGAUAUGGAACACAAUAAUUCACCCAACCAUAUCUCUUCCCAAAAUGAUACAGCAAAAAAUCAACCUACAUCUUCAUUAACACCUCUUGACGAUAGACAACUACUGCUCAAGAUGCAUCCCCGGAAUAAGCUCACUAAGUUUGACCCAUUACAUAUGGACAAGAGGAUCGCAAAACACAUGUCCAAAUAUGACAAAGAAGUGGACAAAACUUUGUUUAGACAAUCUUACCAUUCUCAGCUGAGUACGCUCGAUUGA